AUGCUCACAAGGCGCUCAUUACGCGGAGUCGGCCGACGCCAGGCUGCCUGCGAUGUUUUUGCACUACCGCAGCCUCUUUUGCAACUUCUCCACGACCAGACUCGCAGUCUUGCUACCGCGACUGAACGACCAGCACCUCCGCUCGCCAGCAGUGUAAAUUCGCGGACUCCUCCAUACGCAAAACUCCUUGCCAGACUACAGCAGAUCCGACAGCUGCUGCCUGGACGCCCUCUGACUCUUGCAGAGAAGAUCCUGUUCUCCCAUCUUGACAAUGCCGAAGAGUCUCUCUUCGAAGGUACGCGCAAUGGGCAAGACAUCCGUGGCAAGGCGACUCUCAAACUCAAGCCCGACCGAGUUGCAAUGCAGGAUGCAUCAGCACAAAUGGCCUUGUUGCAGUUCAUGAGUUGUGGAUUGCCCUCUACUGCAGUCCCCGCUUCCAUCCACUGUGACCAUAUGAUUGUCGGCGAAAAGGGCGCGGACACCGACCUCCCGAACAGCAUCAAAGGCAACAAAGAGGUCUUUGACUUCCUCGAGUCGGCGGGAAAGCGCUAUGGCAUUGAAUUCUGGCCACCCGGCGCUGGCAUCAUUCACCAAUCCGUUUUGGAGAAUUAUGCUGCUCCUGGACUCAUGCUGUUGGGAACAGACAGCCACACACCGAACGCCGGCGGUCUGGGCUGUAUAGCGAUCGGUGUUGGAGGUGCAGACGCCGUGGACGCCCUCGUGGAUGCACCGUGGGAGCUCAAGGCGCCCAAGGUUCGAGGGGUACGAUUAGAGGGCAAGCUGAGCGGCUGGGCAAGUCCAAAAGACAUCAUUCUUCAUCUGGCAGGGAAACUCACUGUGAGGGGAGGCACUGGGUACAUCAUUGAAUACCAUGGCCCGGGUGUGGAGAGUCUCAGCUGUACUGGCAUGGCCACCAUCUGCAACAUGGGAGCUGAAGUCGGAGCAACGACUUCCAUCUUUCCCUUUACACCCUCCUCGCAUUCUCCAUAUCUACGUUCGACGCACCGAGGCGCGAUUGCAGAGGAGGCAGCAAGAAUAGCCGCGUCUGGCAGUCAGAACCUUCUUGCUGCAGAUGCUGGUGCCGAGUACGACGACGAGGUUGUCAUUGAUCUGAACAAGCUGGAGCCGCACAUCAACGGCCCCUUCACGCCUGAUCUGAGUACUCCACUCUCCGCAUUCAAGGACGCCGUGGUGGCGAAUCACUGGCCGGAGACUUUUGGUGCCGGCCUGAUAGGAUCUUGCACCAAUUCCUCGUACGCCGACAUGACCCGCGCAGAGUCACUCGUUCAGCAAGCAACAAGCGCGGGCCUGAAACCGAAGGCAGAUUUCUUCAUCACACCGGGCUCGGAACAGAUCCGUGCUACGGUUUCUCGGGAUGGAACGAUGGAAACGUUCGAGAAGGCGGGCGGCGUGGUCUUGGCGAAUGCCUGCGGACCCUGCAUCGGCCAGUGGAAUCGAACAGACCUGAAGCAGAAGAACGAGGCAAACGCGAUCUUCAGCAGCUACAACCGUAACUUCCCCGGUCGCAACGAUGGCAACAGGAAGACGAUGAACUUCCUCGCAUCUCCCGAGUUGGUGACUGCGAUGAGUUACAGUGGUCGCACUGACUUCAAUCCCAUGACCGACUCUAUCCCUCUUCCCAACGGUGGCCAGUUUAAAUUUGCGCCACCAACGGGCAUCGAUCUUCCCAGUGCGGGGUUUGCAGUGGGCAAUCCGGAUUUUGAGCCGACUGCUCCUUUCCCAGACUCCUCAGUGUCGGUAGCGAUUGAUCCAUCAUCCGACAGGUUGGCUCUGCUGGAGCCUUUCGACAAGUUCCCCGAUGGAGAGCUCAGCGGACUGCGGGUUCUUGUGAAGGUGAAAGGACAAUGCACCACCGACACCAUAUCCGCAGCAGGGCCCUGGCUCAAAUACAAGGGCCACUUGCCCAACAUCUCUCUAAACACCCUCAUUGGAGCGGUCAGCGCGGAUACGAACGCCGUCAACUCCGUCACCGACACCAACGGUUCGACACAUACCAUUCCCGAGCUGGCGUUCAAGUGGAAGGACGAGCAUCAACCGUGGAUUGUGGUCGCGGAACACAACUACGGCGAGGGGUCGGCGAGAGAGCACGCGGCGCUACAGCCUCGCUAUCUGGGCUGCAGGGUUGUGCUGGCCAAAUCCUUUGCGCGGAUUCACGAGACUAACCUGAAGAAGCAAGGCGUGGUGCCUCUGACGUUUGUCAACGAGGAAGACUACGACAGGAUUCAUGGCUGUGACGAGAUCUCCACGGAGGGGCUGUACGAUGUUCUCCGGCAAGGUGGAAAAGGGGGAGAGAUCAAGCUGGUUUUCAAAGAGGCAAAAGGGGGAAGCGAGUUCCGGGUGGAUGUCAAGCACACCCUUUCGAAAGACCAGUGCGACUUUAUCCUUGCCGGCAGCGCACUCAACGUGCUCGCGAAGCGUAGCAAGGGGAUUUGA